ACCCUCCCCACUGCCCUUCCACAAUCACCGCACUUAUAUAAAACAUGUUAACCAGACUUGUCCGCCGAUUGUUUGCCAGUUACUGACCAUGAACACUCGAGUUAAUUUUCUCAUUUGCGGUCUGUGCUUCGGAGCUGUGCUUGCAGCCCCUCCGGAACAACCCUGUGAUAAGAGUAAAUGCAAGGGACCUUUGAAAUACUACGAGGAGCUGUCCUGCACGCCGGUGGUCAAGGAGGGCGACUGCUGUCCCUAUAAAUACAACUGUGAGAAUAUUGAGAAGAGGACUCCCAAUAAAUGUCUGGUGAACGGACACGAGUACGACAUCGGGGACUCUUUGAGGCCCGAGGACGGACAGCCCUGUGACAUUGGAUGUGUCUGUCAGGAUAAUGACGGUGUAAUUGGAUUCGAGUGCGCGAUCGUUGACUGCCCCUUCGACGAGUACAAGGAGGGCUGUUAUCAACCGAGAAAUGCGACUGAGUGUUGCGAGGGCGAGCCCAUCUGUCCGGAGCGACCGGAAGACUGGCCGACGUGUGUCGUCGACGGGAAGACCUACAAGGCUGGGGAGUAUUUCUCACCCUCCGAGGAACCGAAGAAAGAUUGCUAUUGUGGCGCUGGAUACACAGGGGAAAAUGUCGCGCCCUUCUGCACCCCCGCCCCAGUCUCCGAAUGCAGCAUUGAACUUCGUCACGCGUAUGAUCUUCAUCACAAGUGUGCACCGGUGUAUUUCUCCACGCAGUCCCCAUCGACGGAUUGCCCCCUGGAAUCUAGAUGUCCAAACGCGAGGGACGAGGUCAUCAAAGUAAACAGCAAGUCUUCUUCCUCAUCGGAGGGCAACUCUUCGGAGAGCAGCGAGGAAAAAUCGACCUCUGAGGAUACUAUUUGUAAAUUUGGAAAUCUCAAGAUGAGGAUUGGGGAUGAACUCAAUCAGAAGACGGAUUAUGAUUCGGUCUGCGUGAAGUGCGUCUGCGAGGUUCCACCGGUUCCCACCUGCAUUCGUCUGCCCGAAGAUGUCUGUGAUGUCACCGAUCAUCCUCCUUUUAAUUCAACUGCUCCAGUUAAUUGACGCGCACCCAACUUGAUUAAUUAAAAUUGAUAAUUAUUUUAAUCAAUGACAAUGGUACUGAUUAUUUAAUUAAUUGAUUAUUAUUGAUUGUUUUUUAAUAUAUUUGAAAAUGUUUUUGUUGAUGUCGUACGGUAAUAAAAGCAGUGAUGAUGAUGUCGAUUAUAA